GGGUCCUUGCGGCGGACCUCUCGGGAACGUUUUCCGUCGGUUCCGGACUUUCAACAUCCACGUCAUGUCCCUCAGAGUGCGGGCUGUGAGAGAUUACUCUCGUUAUUGUGUUCCCCCGGAGCCCGCUGCUCCCUAACGCGUCCGAAAGUCUGCGCCUGUCGGUGAGCCGGGCAACUGAAAAGAUGUCGGGGCCUGUGGAUCCGGACGAGCCUUACGAUUUCCUCUUUAAAAUCGUUCUGAUCGGAGACGCCGGCGUCGGCAAGACCUGCGUCGUGCAGCGUUUCAAGUCGGGCAUUUUCGUGGAGAAACAAGGCAACACGAUCGGGGUUGACUUUACAAUGAAAACCUUAGAAAUUCAAGGCAAGCGGGUGAAAUUGCAGAUAUGGGACACAGCUGGACAAGAACGUUUUAGGACAAUUACACAGAGUUAUUAUCGAAGUGCUAAUGGUGCAAUUGUUGCUUAUGACAUUAGCAAACGGGGAUCUUUUGAAUCUGUGCCACGGUGGAUAGAAGAUGUGAAGAAGUAUGCAGGUUCAAACAUUGUGCAAUUAUUAAUUGGUAAUAAGUCCGAUAAGAAUGAUGCCCGGGAGGUUCAAUAUGAAGAAGCCAAAACUCUUGCAGUUCAUUAUGAUAUGGCAUCCGUACUAGAGACAUCUGCCAAAGAUUCCAGCAACGUGGAAGAAGCUUUUAUAAAAAUGGCCACAGAGCUAAUGCUAAGACAUGCUGGGCCAAUGUUCACUGAAAAAGCUACCGAAAGUAUCAAAUUAAACAGCAAAGAUGUCGGUGAAGGAUGGGGAUGCAGUUGUUGACUUUGCAGGUUAAUUUUUUUAGGUUUUGCAUCAUCUCGUUUUAAGGUAGACUGAUCAAUCGCAAAUGUGAUUUAAGUCACUUGGCUUGGACUAAGUUAUGUUUGUGGUGUGUUUGUGCACAGAAUCUGUGCAAACUGUUGUGAACUGUAUCCAUUCCUCCAAUUUGAAGAUGAUAACAGCCAAAUCUGUUCUUGCUGGUCAUUAAAUCUUAACAUUCCAGUUUCCUUGACAUUCCAAUAAGAAUCGUAGUAGUCACAUUGCCUUAACUACUGUUAUUGAAGAAGUCAGUUUCUCUAACAACCCUUUUUCUUAUUAAAUUUAUGGCUCUGAACUGAAUAUUUUGCGGAGACGACAUGAACAUUUCAAAAAUGAAAGUGUAAUAAAAUUGAAUUGGAGAUGGUAUGUAGGACUGCCGUAUUGAUUAAAAUUGACUUGGUUAGCAGUCAUGAUGCGGAAGAGUGGAAGUUAUGAAUAAUUAGCUAGUUUUCUUCUGCAUAUUCAUGGUUGCCUUACAAAUUAAAUACAUAUAUUCCAGCCACUUUUUAAAAAUCUUACUGCAUAUUUUAGGAAUCUUGGCAGUCCUACGUAUCACUCUUUAAAUUCUCAAGUUCAUACAUUACUUUGAGGUAUAAGACUAUUUGACUUAUUUCAAGAGGUGAUUUAGAUUGAAACUUGAAUCAAAUGCAUUUCUGUAGUUAUUAAUCUUGAAGCUGAAUGUGCUGUUUUGCUUUGUGUAGUGGCCCACAACUGUCCCAGGAUUUUGUUGCUCUUAAGACAAUGAUGUAAUUCUCACUGGUAAUUGGUGAAAAUGCUGACAGUUUAGAGAAGACAUUGGUUAGCCUAGCAACAGAUAAUUACAACUGAGUCUUUGGUGUUGUGUAAUUUACAGCUAGGAUCAAUGCCAGCCUUAUUAUUGAUUCGAUGUACAUAGCCUGUUUUGGUGAGAACAAAGCAUCUGACAGCAAACAGUACUAUUGUAGCAUUGGCUUUGCAAUUGCAAAAUGCUGGCAGGGAUAAUGUAUCCUAGAAAAUGCAUUGCGCACUUUACUUUUUUAAAAGAAAAAGCAGGGUCCAGAAUAACAGCAUAAACUGGUUAUGAAGUUGUUUCUCAGCAAUAGUGAUUACUGGGGAGGUGAGAAUAGACUGUAUUACCUAACACACUCCCAAAGCUAGCCUUGAUUUCGUUGAAACAAACAGCAGUACUUUCUGACAAUACUUCUUUCAGAUCAACAUUAACACUUCAAUAUUCAAACUAAAGAAUGAAAAAAGCCAGAACAUAUUGGGCAUUCUUAUUUACAAGAUGUAGAGUUGGAUGUAGUUUAUACAGUAUUAUUUUACGGAAGGGAACUAAAGAAAACUUCUGUGCUUCGGGUGAAAUAAUGAACAAGUGCAUCUAUUUUAAUAACCAGGUAAAAGGGGUAGUGCCUACAGUAUGUAAAUAUAUAUGGAAGACUUUUGCACAUUUUGCUUCACUAAAAUUCCAGGUUGAUUGUAUAUAGUCCCUUGUCCCCCACUAUUUUUGCUUAAGACUAUGAUUCAAAAGGGUGAUAGUGCAAUUAGUUAACAAUGUCCUUUCAACUUCAGCUUAAACUAGUAGCACAAUAUCUCUUUCUGUUACAACUUUCUCUUAUUCAUUCAUGGAAGGAGGGCAUCACUGGUUGGGCUAGCAUUUAUUGGCCAUCCGUUAUGGAUGUAGUGGUAAUCCUCUUGAAAAUGCCCAAGCCAAUCUUGUAGCCUGCUGCUUGUUAGAGAGCAGACAAAAUGGUUGUUUAUGGAAAGUGAAAAUGUGAAUGCAAUAAAGUUUGCUUUUCCAAAGUAGUGGUGGUUAUAUCUGGGCAGAGUCCUCCUUAGUAACAUUUGGGGGCCAGUGUAAAAUUAGGAGAGCUGAAUCAAGCCUGAUGCAGUAAUACUUAUGGAAUCGCACUUUACAGAAUAUGUCUCAGACUUUAGCAUCACUGUUCCUGGGUACGCCCUGUCCCACCUAUCCACUCCUAUCCGGAGUAUCCUCAACAUUGACUGUGGAGCCCAUGAAGUCUCACAGCAUCAGGUCAAACUUGGAUAAGGAAAACUCCUGCUGAUUACCAUAUGCAGACUAUCCUUAGUUGAUGAUUCAAUCCUCCUCUAUGUUGUACACCACUGUUAGGACACACUGAAGGUAGCGAGGCUGCAGAAUAUACUCUGGGUGGGGACUUCAGCGCUCACUUAAUUAAGAGCGACUCAGCAGCACAACUGCUUACUGAGCUGGUUAAGUCCUAAAGGCUGUAGCUAUUAGACUGGGACUGUGGCGGCUGAUGAGGGAACUAACAAGGUUAAAAACAUAUGUUUCCUCAUCCUGAACAAUCUCCCUGCCACAGGUGCAUCUGUCCAUUAUAGUGUCGGUAAGAAUAACCACAGCAUUUUCCUUGUGGAGACAAAGACCUGCCUUCACAUUGAUAAUACCUUAAAUCAUGUUGUGUGGCUGAAUGGGACAGACUUUGAACAAGCCACUCCAUUCCUGACCUCGUUACAGUCUUGGUUCAAACAUAGAAAAAAGACCUGAGUGUCAAUUGCUGCUUUGCAACCCUAGCAAAACUGGAGUCCGUGCACAUCAGGGUGAAAUCUCUCAACUGGAUGAAGUCACACCUGACACACAGGAUUUAUUGGAGGUUAGUCAUCUCAGCUCCAGGAUAUCUCUGCAGGAGUUCCUCACGGUAGUGUCUUAGGCUCAAACACCUUCAGUUGCUUCAUCAAUGACCUUCCCUCCAUCAUGGGGUCAGAAGCAGGAAUAUUCACCGAUACCAGCACAAUAUUUAGCACCAUUUCUGACAACUGCAGUUUGUGCCCAACUGUGUCAAAACCUGAACAAUAUCCAAGCAUGGGGCUGAAAAAUGGCAGUAACAUUUGCAUCACAUAAAUUCCAGGCAAUAACCAUCUCCAACAAGAGAGAAUUGAACCAUUAUCCCAGGGCAUUUAAUGAUGUUACCAUUCCUCCAGUAACAACAUCCUGGGGGUAUUACCAUCGGUCAACCACUGAACUGUACUAGCCCUAUAAAUACGGCAGCUACAAAAGCAGGUCAGUUUAGGGAUCCUGCAGUGGGUAACUCACCACCUUACUCCCUAAAGCCUGAGCACCAUCGACAAGGCACAGGUCAGGAAUGUAAUGAACUACUCCCACUUGCAGAUGAAUGCAGGUCCAAAAACACUCGAAGCUGACACCAUCCUGGGCAAAGCAGCUCACUUGAUUGUCCCCACAUCCACAGAUAUCUACUCCUUCCACCACCAGCGUUCAGCACCAGCAUCAGUGUACCUUCUGCAAAAUGUACUGCAGAAAUUCACUAAGGAUCCUUAAAUAACUCCUUCCAAACCCAUGCCCAUUGCCAUCUAGAAAGACAAGGGCAGCAGAUAGAUGGAACAACACCUGUAAGUUCCCCUACAAGCCACUCAACAUCCUGGCUUGGAAAUAUAUUGCCAUUCCUUCACUGCUGAUGGUCUAAAAUCCUGGAAUUCCUACCGUAAUGGCAAGGGGGGUGUACCUACACCAGAUGAGCAUGUGGUUCAAGAAAGCAGCAUCUCUCUAGGAAUGUGCAUUAAAUGCUGGCCAGUCAGCGAUACCCACGUCCCAUAAGUGAAUUAGAAAAAAAACGAAUUAGUCAUCUGGUUUGACCUGACGUUGCUUCAAGGACUGAUUGUAAGCCUGAAGCCUCCCCCACCACGCGUCCUAAGUUGUUUUAUUUUUUAAAAGUCACUUCUGACGACUGAGACUUAUUGGAAUGUUACAGGUUAGUAGCUUGCUUCCAUUGUUUCAAAUACAGCAGUCAGAUGCGUGAUAAAAAGCAAAUGGUCUGGAGUUGUUCACUAGCAUCAGGAGACAGUUGUUUAUGGGUAAGUAGUUGGUGGAGGAACGAUGAUAUUUUACAGUCUCACACUUGGAGGUGAAAGCAGACAUAAAAGGCCAAAGCUUUCCUUAAUUGCCCUGUGGAGCACACUUACACCUCCUAGCCAAACUAAAAAGUUCAUACGUUUGUAUCGCUGGCUUCCCAAAAUGACAGCACAGAGUUAAAUUUCUAUCUGGAACUAUGGUUUGCUAGUGUCCAGUGGGAGUCUCAAUCAUUGCCAAAAUUGUUGGCAUUAAAGUGGAACUUUGCUGGUAAUAGACUGACUGACUCCAUUUUAACUGCUGUUCCACUCUUUUCUGGUGAUUAGGGAAGAGUUAAAAUUCUUCCUUGAAUAUGGAAAGUCGAGGGAAAAAGACAUUUUAUUCCUCAGUUGACACCAGCCAGCCCAUGGUCAAAAAAUAUAUUCAGAAAUUGCAAACAGGUGAAUUUGUACUACAUUGAAUAGGAAAACUAGAACAUUUAAAUGAAAAUGCAGUCAUAGUGCACUCAGGCUCCAUUAAAGUCAUGCUUUGGGAAUUACUUUUGCAUUUUGUGGUAGACGGGACUUUGGAUAUACUUUUUGAUACUUUUAAAAAUUUAAAUAAAGGAAAUGCUAGUUAAGGUUUUCAAUGCAAGUUAAUGCACAUUAAUAAUGCUAAUGUACACAAUUAUUUAGACUGUGAUGUAUAAAUACAUAAAUUAAGUCAUUAGUUCAUUCAGAUAUCUUGUAAAAGAUGUGCUUAGUUGCCAAAUUGAGCUGAUCGCCACUAAUGACAACACAAUAACCUCCCACCUCAAAGAACAUCCGUUCUAGAUACUUUGUUUAUAGGCUAUCACUUUCCUCAUCCAUGCACCAGUAUGUUGGUAAUCCAUCACUGUCAUAAUCAGUACGUUUUUCCCCAGUGAAUUCAAGUUUGUAAACUCUUAAGUUACAGUUAUUAAAUGUGUGAUGUUUUUGCGACCAAUUUGUUUGAAUAUAUUCCAGGCAAUAUUUUCAGUGUAGACUUCAGCAAUACAUAUUUUGCUUAUCUACUUUAAAUCUGCUUAAGUUUUUAAAUAUCUCUAUGUUGAACUGUCGUAAUUUUAUGUUGACUGUUUACUGAUCGUCGCCUAGUUUUCUUUUAGAAUGUUGAGAUUUGUAUAUUAUUCAGCAUACAUGGUUGUUGCUUUUAAUUCUUUAACAUGGAACAGUUAGAAGCAUUAAGCAACUUCAGUUCAUAAAUUUUCAGAAUAUAUUCCUUCCUGACUUAUCCACGUGUCAUUUUUUAAAAACUGUUUACAUUUUUUAACUGUAUGAGUUAAAUAUUCAGAUGGCAUCAAGCAAACAUACGAGCAUUCUGUUCCAUGAGUGUAACUCAAGUCUAGUGGAAAGCUGGUUCUUAUACUAUUAAAAAUUCACACCAAAUAUUCCAAUUCUGCACUUUAUCACCCAUGAACAAGAACAUGGAUGUAAGGGCUAAACAUAUCAAAAUCAAUCAGAUGACAGGUAUUUUUCUGUAUCAACAUUUUACAAUUCUUCAUAGUUUAUUUUAGUAUGAGAAAGGUUUGUAUAAAAUUUAAAUUAGUUUUUAAUCUGCUUAAUUUUAUAACUGUGAUAUUUUGGAAAGUAUACCUUUUAUCUGUCCUUGAGUUCAAGUUAUUCCAUGCGGUUCCUUCACUAGGUUGCACAGCAUGUUAGCUGAGCAUACUGUCUGAUGUUUCAGAGGCAGUUUACGCUGAAUUAACUUAAUUCACCCUGAAGAAGGGUCAGAAUACUGCAGUUGUUUUGCAACAUCUCAUAAGCAGAUAGAGUGGAAAAGCGGCUGAUUGGCAUCCAAAAGCCCAUAUCAGAAAUGCGUAUGCUGGCGUGAGUUUAGCAGUGAUGUGCUCACAAGGUCUGCCAAUAUUUAUCACCUGUGAAUUACAGUCUGCAGGGGUAAGAGAAAUGGCAAUGUGAAUGGAGCUGUAUUCUGGCAGUGUCAGUGACACCAAGAAGAGACAGUGGAUAGAAAAUUAGUAAGGAAAGGUUUUCAAAAACAUUGUUCAAAGUACUUGUAAAAAUAAUUUAUUUCAGGACUAUGCAAUAAUUUCUGAUGCCGGAACAAUACUUUUAGUACAUUGAUAUGUAAGGAAAGCAAACAAGAUUUACAGUUCUAAAAUAUUUUUAAAAUUAUGUCUAAAAUACACAGUUGGAUAAAGUUGAGUUUCAUUUUACAAAUUGUAAGUUGCAUUUUACACAGUUCUGUUCCAAGUGGUGAUCAGGAAUAAAUUCAUUUUAUUGAUAAAACUAAAUCUUAUCACCUGUUCUGUCCACAAGUUAAUAUGUCAGCUGAUUUUGCAUAUACUUAUUUUUCACAAUAUGACUGAGUAACAGAAACUUCAACUGAUCCUGUACUGGCGGUAUCAAAUAACAGGCCUUAAUAAAUAUGAAAUUCCACAAUUUGAAUGGGUAAUGAGUUUGCACUUGCCUCAUAGUGAACCGCAAGAAUCUAUAAAUUCUGAAACUUGAACAUGUUUAAAGUAUUGAUAUUAUUUGAGAGAGGGCAGUGAAGGAUGAGACUGUGUUGCCCCGCCAGAUCACUUGAAGCAGAUAUAUUAUUUUUUCCCCCCUCUGCUUAAUAUCUAUCUUAUCUGGCUGUUCCUUAUUGUGUAUUGCUUACUCGUGGAAAAAAAUAGAAUGAAUAAUUUGGUAUAACUAGAUCAGUAGAUGUCUGAAACAGUAAAGAUUCAUAUGAAGCCUGUUAUUGUAAAAUAUCUUGGAAGUGAAAAAUAAAUCAUGGGCAUUUAGUACCUCCAUGUUGUUUU